AUGGCUAAAGCCUAUGAUUAUUUAUUCAAAUUACUUUUGAUUGGUGAUAGUGGUGUUGGAAAGACAUGUGUUCUUUUACGUUUUUGUGAUUCAGCAUUUAGUACAACCUUUAUUUCAACUAUAGGAAUUGAUUUUAAAAUACGAACAAUUGAUCUUGAUGGACGAAAAAUUAAAUUACAAAUUUGGGAUACAGCGGGUCAAGAACGAUUUAAAACAAUAACAACAGCUUAUUAUCGUGGAGCAAUGGGAAUUAUGUUGGUAUAUGAUAUUACAAGUGAAAAAAGUUUUGAUAAUAUUAAAAAUUGGAUUCGUAAUAUUGAAGAACAUGCAUCAGCUGAAGUCGAACGAAUGCUUAUAGGAAAUAAAUGUGACAUGCAAGAUAAAAGACAAGUCAGCCGAGAAAAGGGUGAACACCUUGCUAUGGAAUAUGGUAUUAAGUUUACGGAGACUAGUGCUAAAGGAAAUAUUAAUGUGGAUGAAGCUUUUCUUUCUCUCGCCAAAGAUAUCAAAGCAAAAAUUGACAAGAAAGCUGGUACUGAUCAAACUGGUAAUCGAGUAAUCUCUGGUGGUAUUAGGCCAAAACAAGAUCCAAAUAAAAAACCUGGUACAUCAUUUUGGUCUCGUUGUUCAUUUUUCUAA